CGUUGCUAGUCACCAACGUGAACCGCAGUUCUAUCACCAUCAUUGAUAACGAUAAAGCAACGCGCCCACUUCCACCAUGGCUGAAAAAGCAAGACCAAUCAUCCGUGCAUUGCUCAUAGACAUUUCUGGCACACUGAUGAUUGGAUCGAUGCCCACGCAUCGAGCUGUUCAAGCUCUUGCUGAGUUGCGGCGCGCUCGGUUCCCCUUCAGGUUUUGUAGCAACACCAGCAAAGAAUCUACCUCAGUCCUUCAGAAGAAGAUGCUAGAUGCUGGAUUUGACGUGCAAAUAGGUGAAUCGCAAGAACUGUGGACCAGCCUUAAGGCGGUACGGAAUCUUAUCCGGACAAGGGGCCGUAUUUCCUCUUGUCCUGAGUCCGCUAAAGAUGAAUGCAUUUCCGCAGGACUGUACGAUCCUAACGUCCCCUAUGACGCGGUAAUUGUUGGCUUGGCUCCUACGUUCUUCAACUAUGAUCAUCUCAACUCCGUAUUUCGCAUCCUUGUUGGGGAACAUGAUUCGCAGAAGCGGUGCAAUGAGGAUCCGAAACCAUCGAUUCCCCUCAUCGCCUUACACAAAGCCAGAUUCAUAGAAUCCUCGGGCCGUGGGCUUGCGCUUGGUCCAGGACCAUUUGUCGCCGCUCUGGAAAAUGCUACUGGAAAAGAAGCCGAGGUGCUUGGAAAGCCGAGUAAAGCUUUCUUCCAAACGGUGAUUGAGAGCCUCGAUUGCGAGGUUGACGGUCCUGACGAAUGCAUUGCGGUGAUCGGCGACGAUAUUCAAACAGACCUUGGGGGCGGCGCCAUGGACCUACGUCUAUGGAGGAUCUUAGUGAAGACAGGAAAAUACCGAGCAGGGGAUGAAUCCAAGGAUGGUGUCCAUCCUCCCGAUGAAGUCUGUGAUUCGUUCGCAGAUUUUGUGGACAGCUUAUUGUCUGCUCAUGACGCAGGACCUUCGAAAGAGUAAUUCUAGUGCUCUUUCCCUUUAAAUAGAAAGUGUACCGCUCCUGCUUUGCUAACGCGGUACCGAUGAUGCCUAGAUCAGAAGUGCUAAAUGUGUUUCUAGUGUCAGUUACCAGGCCGAGCACAUGGUCUCGCAUGGUUCAAUGAUGGUUUUCCCACUGAUUUUAUUUUAUUUUUUUGGGAUGGGAUUCUGCAAGGUUUUCAUCGCUAGCUGUUGUCGGUAUUGGCAACUGUUUGAUCGAUAACGCAAUUAAAGACUUAAUGCAGUGAAAAUCCGGCCAUCCAACCGGCGGCAAGCAUGUGCCCUGUCGAUCUCAACGGCGAGUUCCCACAAUAGUAAGAGAAUAUUAAACAUAGCAGGACUAAGAAGGAAAGCCACCGCG